AAUAAAACAAGUCUCCUUAACGGUUGCGUGAAGAUUUCAAUUCUUACCGUUAGUGUCUUUAUUCAAAUUAAAAAUGAUAUGAUUGUUUAUAAACUUAAAAAUGACGAAAUUAAACGUUCAAGUGAUAAUCUGUGUUUUAACUGGCGCUUUUAUAUCACAAGUGACCUGCCAGCCAUCGGAUCUUCAAAUCAUACAGUCACCAUCGGCAUGUCCCGGAGUGUCGUCAGAUCCUGAUAAAAACUUCGUCAAUGCUUCCUGUAGUAAUGGUCAUGUCGUUGCCAUCAAACAUGUAACAGUGGGUUCUAAAUUACAAUCUACAGGUUGUCCUGAUUAUUACGAAGAUACUCACAACUUUUCUGUUUGCUGUACAUAUGACCAAGCAAAUGACUGUCUGUUCCCAUUUUAUUUCGAAACUUUAACCUAUCAUGAAGGCUGUAACGGACGACAGAAUUGUUACUUGGGAGUACAGAAUCAAAUUACUGACGCGAGUUGUACAGGAAAUCUUACUACUUUAAGUCGUUACAUGUUCAUUGAUUACUACUGCAUAGAGGGUAAGAUUAUAUAA